GAUAGGAGCAUGAUAGAUGCUGCUAGUGGAGGAGCUUUGGUGAAUAAGACACCUAAUGAUGCUAGGGAGUUGAUAGAAACUAUGGCAGCAAAUUACCAGCAAUUUGGUACAAGACCUAUGGUAGCAAGGGGUGUUCAUGAAGCCCAGAUUUUACAACCAGGACAGAGUAGAAUUGAGAGUAGAUUAGAGGAAAUGUUGAAUAGAAUUGAGUUGGCAGCAGCUCAGAUGACAGUGAAUCAGCAAGUUCAACAUCAAGCUGUGGAGCCUGUGCAGGCAAUGAAAAUAUGUGGAUUCUGUGCCAGUAGUUGGCAUUCAACAGAUACUUGUCCCAGUUUGCAAUUAGAUUGAUGCAAUUCAGUAGCUGAGCAAUCUGUAGCAGCAGCUAGCGUUUUCCCUAAUCGUCCGCAAUAUCAGCAAAGUAAUCAACCAAUUAAGUACGAUCCUAUGUCACCUACUUAUAAUCCAGGAUGGAGAGAUCAUCCAAAUCUGAGGUAUGGAAAUAUUUCAGUUGCUCAGCAGCCUUUUCCACAACAGAUUCAAAAUAACAAUUUUUCAGGCAAUCAGAGACCACCAGGGUUUUACAAUAGCACAGUUCCGAAUAGAAUACAACCAUUUCAGCAACCUGUUCCACCAUUUCAGCAGCCAAGAAAGUCUUUUCCCUCAACUCAAACUGAUUUUUCAGUACAAGACAUGAAAGAGAUUAUGCAGCAAAUGAUGCUUCAUCAACAACAGCUUUCAUUACGGUGUACUCAUUCAAUUCAGCAACAACAGAGGACUGAUGCAGCAUUACAGAACAUUGAAAGACAAGUGAGUCAAUUGGUGUCUGCACAGGGACAAACUCAGUUACAGACCUCAAGCCAGCUGCCUUCCCAAACCAUUCCAAAUCCAAGAGGAAAUGUGAGUGCUAUCACUCUACGGAAUGGGAAACAUGUUUCUGAGAAUAAACAGGAAGAUUCAGCUGAGCGUUCAGGAGAUUUGGAUUCAGAUUUGCAGAUUAAAUUUGGUUCUGUUCCUAAAUCCGUUGCAGUGCAGAUUCCAGUGGUGGAACAGAAGCAGACAAAGAUUCAGCUACCAUUUCCUCAAAGGUUGGUAAAACCUGGAAAGGGUAAGGUUAUUGAAAAGUCUAGAGAAUUUCAAGAGAUGAUGGAAAUUUUUAGUAGAGUAGAAGUAAACAUCCCUCUACUGAAAGCAAUCAAACACAUUCCAAAGUACGCAAAAUUUCUGAAGGAUCUAUGUGUUAAUAAGAAGAAGCUUAAGGGUGAUGAGCUGGUUAGUGCAGGGGAAAGUGUUUCUGCAUUAUUUCAGGCUAUGCCACAAAAAUGCAGGGAUCCGGGAGUUUUUACUAUUCCGUGUAAAAUUGGAGAAAACUGUUUUGAAGAUGCUAUAGUGGAUCUUGGGGCAUCCAUUAAUGUAAUGCCGAAAUCAGUGUUUCAGGCUCUUGGAAUUGGUCCUCUUCAGCCAACAGGGGUUGUGAUCCAAUUGGCAAACCAAAGUUUUGCUCAUCCAGUAGGAGUGAUUGAAGAUGUGUUGGUCAAGGUUAAGGAAUUGAUUUUCCCUGCAGAUUUCUAUGUUUUGGAUAUGGAGGGUGAUGCCUUAUCAAGUCAUGUGCCAAUUAUUUUGGGAAGACCAUUUUUGAAGACAGCGAAGACUAAAAUUGAUGUUCAUGCUGGAACUUUGUCAAUAGAAUUUGGUGAAACUAUAGUUCAGUAUAACAUUUUGGAUGCUAUGAAAUAUCCAGUAGAGGAUCACUCUUUGUUGAGUAUAGAGUUAUUUGAUGAACUGGAAGAUAGGUUAGAUGGUUACUUGCUGGAAUGUGCUGCUCUUUUUAAUAAUUUUGGGGAUGAUCUGAGUACAGAAUGCAGUGACAGUUUGGAUCAGUAUGUUUUUGCUUCAGAGACAAAGGACUGUGAGGGAGUCUGUGUAGUUGAGGUUGAAUCUGGAAAAGCACUUCCUUCUGUUUUGCAGCCACCAAAGCUGGAGUUGAAAGUUCUUCCGAGCCAUUUGAAAUAUGCUUACUUAAGGAAGGAUGAACAACUGCCAGUUAUUAUUUCCAAAGAUCUUGAUGUUGUACAGGAAGAGAAAUUGCUAAGGGUUUUGAGGCACAAUCAGAAGGCGAUUGGGUGGACUCUCGCGGAUUUGACAGGAAUCAGCUCUUCUAUCUGUACACAUAGGAUCUUGUUGGAGGAUGAUGCUAAACCUGUGCGACAGCCACAAAGGAGGCUUAACCCAAUUAUUCUUGAUGUAGUAAAAAAAGAAGUUGUGAAGUUACUGCAAGCUGGGAUUAUCUAUCCUAUUUCGGACAGCAAUUGGGUAAGUCUGGUGCAAGUGGUGCCUAAGAAAUCGGGAAUUACUGUAGUGGCAAAUGAGGGCAAUGAAUUGAUUCCUACAAGGGUACAAAAUAGUUGGAGAGUGUGUAUUGACUAUAGGAGACUUAAUCAAUCAACAAGGAAGGAUCAUUUCCCAUUACCCUUUAUUGAUCAGAUGUUGGAGAGGUUAGCAGGGAAGACACAUUAUUGUUUUUUGGAUGGAUAUUCAGGAUAUUUUCAGAUUUGUAUAGCACCUGAAGAUCAAGAGAAGACCACUUUUACAUGCCCUUUUGGGACUUUUGCUUACAGAAGAAUGUCGUUUGGAUUGUGUAAUGCUCCAGGUACUUUUCAAAGGUGCAUGGUAAGUAUUUUUGCUGAUCUUCUUGAGCAUUGCAUGGAGGUGUUUAUGGAUGACUUUACUGUGUAUGGUUCUUCAUUUGAUGCAUGCUUAGAUAGUUUAUCUUGUGUUUUGCAUAGAUGUGUAGAAAAGAAUUUGGUUUUGAAUUUUGAAAAGUGUUAUUUCAUGGUCCAGCAUGGAAUAGUUUUGGGUCAUAUUGUUUCUGAAAAAGGUAUUGAGGUAGAUCCGGCUAAAAUUAGUGUAAUUACUGCUUUAUCAUAUCCCACAUGUGUGCGGGAAGUUCGUUCUUUUCUUGGGCAUGCAGGUUUUUAUAGAAGAUUUAUCAAAGAUUUUAGUACUAUUGCUUUACCUUUGUCACGAUUGUUGCAGAAGGAUGUGGAGUUUGUGUUUGAUGAAAAAUGCAAAGAAGCUUUUGAUAGACUCAGGGAAGCUCUUAUUUCUUCUCCUAUUAUGUGUGCCCCUGAUUGGUUGCUACCUUUUGAACUAAUGUGUGACGCUUCUAAUUUUGCAGUUGGAGCGGUUCUAGCUCAAAGGGUUAACGGAGCGCCUCAUGUUAUUAGCUAUGCAUCAAAGACAUUGGAUUCUGCUCAAAGCAACUAUACAACAACUGAGAAAGAGCUUCUAGCAAUUGUUUUCGCUUUGGACAAAUUUCGGUCUUACCUUCUUUGUUCUCAUGUUAUUGUUUUUUCUGAUCAUGCAGCUCUCAAGUUUCUUCUCAGGAAAAAAGAUGCAAAGCCUCGAUUGAUUCGUUGGAUGCUCCUACUUCAAGAAUUUGAUAUUGAAAUACGAGACAGAAGCGGGAAAGAGAACUUGGUGGCAGACCAUUUGAGUAGGAUUGGAAGUGAAAUGGAAACUAUACCAAUUGUGGAUGCAUUUCCUGAUGAACAUCUUUUCCGGCUACAAGGUAUUGAAGAGGGAGUUUUCAUCUGGAUUUAAGCUUUGAAGUUCCUGGACCGUUGGAUUGAAGCUUCAGAGAAUCUGAGCCGCACAGGAAAUCUAGGAUCUGGUGAGAAUAUAAAUAUGUGAGGAAGGCUACAUUAAGGGGGAUCGGCGAUUUACCCUAGCAAGGAGGAAAACGGCAGAUCGAAAGAAGGCUGGUUUCGGUCUUCAACAACUUCUGCUGAGGUGAUGCUGAUAUGAGAAGAGAACGACGCUGCUUGACUUCGGUGUACCGUUCAGAUCUGGAAUUGAAGGGAGUUGUUGAUAUUCCAGAUCUAGGGUGAAGUCUCUUCGUGAGAGUUUGUUAACGAUUCUCCCAGUUCACUGAAUCUUUACUCUACUUCUUCCUAGAUCUAGUUUUAUUCUCUGUCCUCUUUGUUAGAGUUUCAUUGUUGUUUUAAAUCGAACCUUUAUAGUUUGGUGCAGGGAUUUUCUUUUCUUAUUUCUGCUUACA